AUGACGGCGUCCCCGGACUACCUGGUGGUGCUGUUCGGAAUCACGGCGGGCGCCUCCGGGGCCAAGCUGGGCUCGGACGAGAAGGAGCUGAUCCUGCUGCUGUGGAAGGUGGUGGACCUGGCCAACAAGAAGGUGGGCCCGCUGCACGAAGUGCUGGUGCGGCCGGAGCAGUCGGAGCUGACGGAGGAGUGCAAGGAGGAGACCCAGAUCGACGCCGACAGCCUGGCCGCGGCGCCGCAGCUGGACCAAGCGCUCCGGCAGUUUAACCAGUCCGUGAGCAAUGAGCUCAAUAUCGGGGUGGGAACCUCUUUCUGCCUCUGCACGGACGGGCAGCUUCACGUGAGGCAGAUCCUGCAUCCGGAGGCUUCCAAGAAGAAUGUAUUAUUGCCUGAAUGCUUCUAUUCCUUUUUUGAUCUUCGGAAAGAAUUCAAGAAGUGCUGCCCCGGCUCACCUGACAUUGAUAAACUGGAUGUUGCAGCAAUGACAGAGUGUUUAAAUUUUGAGAAGAAUAGUUCAGCGUCCCGGUAUGGAGCCUCUCAAGUUGAAGAUAUGGGGAAUAUAAUUAUAGCGAUGAUUUCAGAGCCUUAUAAUCACAGGUUUUCAGACCCAGAGAGAGUCCAUUACAAGUUUGAAAGCGGCACUUGCAGCAAGAUGGAACUUGUUGACGACAACACGGUGGUCAGAGCCCGGGGUUUGCCAUGGCAGUCUUCGGAUCAGGAUAUUGCAAGAUUUUUCAAAGGACUCAAUAUUGCCAAGGGAGGCGCAGCGCUUUGUCUGAAUGCCCAGGGCCGGAGGAACGGAGAGGCGCUGGUGAGAUUUGUGAGCGAGGAGCACAGAGACCUCGCCCUGCAGAGGCACAAACACCACAUGGGGACCCGGUACAUAGAGGUUUACAAAGCAACAGGUGAAGAUUUUCUUAAAAUCGCUGGUGGUACGUCCAACGAGGUAGCCCAGUUUCUCUCCAAGGAAAACCAGGUCAUUGUCCGCAUGCGGGGGCUCCCGUUCACGGCCACGGCGGAUGAAGUGGUGGCCUUCUUUGGACAGCAUUGCCCCAUCACGGGGGGGAAGGAAGGCAUCCUCUUCGUCACCUACCCCGAUGGCAGGCCCACAGGGGACGCCUUCGUCCUCUUCGCUUGCGAGGAGUACGCACAGAACGCACUGAGGAAGCAUAAGGACUUGUUGGGUAAAAGAUACAUUGAACUCUUCAGGAGCACAGCAGCUGAAGUUCAGCAGGUGCUGAAUCGGUUCUCCUCGGCUGCUCCUCUCAUUCCACUGCCAACCCCGCCCAUUAUUCCGGUUCUACCUCAGCAGUUUGUGCCGCCCACCAACGUCAGAGACUGCGUCCGCCUCCGAGGGCUUCCCUACGCCGCCACGAUCGAGGACAUCCUGGACUUCCUGGGCGAGUUUUCCACGGACAUCCGAACGCAUGGCGUUCACAUGGUGCUGAAUCACCAGGGCCGCCCCUCGGGAGACGCCUUCAUCCAGAUGAAGUCCGCGGACAGAGCGUUCAUGGCCGCACAGAAGUGCCAUAAAAAGACCAUGAAGGACCGAUACGUGGAAGUCUUCCAGUGUUCAGCUGAGGAGAUGAACUUUGUGUUAAUGGGGGGCACUUUAAAUCGAAAUGGCUUAUCCCCGCCGCCAUGCCUGUCUCCUCCCUCCUACACAUUUCCAGCUCCCGCCGCGGUCAUCCCCACCGAAGCCGCCAUCUACCAGCCCUCGCUGCUGUUGAACCCGCGGGCCCUGCAGCCCUCCCCGGCGUACUACCCGGCGGGCACGCAGCUCUUCAUGAACUACACGGCCUACUACCCCAGCCCCCCAGGUUCGCCCAAUAAUCUUGGCUACUUCCCUACAGCUGCUAAUCUUAGCGGUGUCCCAGCACAGCCUGGCACGGUGGUCAGAAUGCAGGGCCUGGCCUACAAUACUGGAGUUAAGGAAAUUCUUAACUUCUUCCAAGGUUACCAGUAUGCAACCGAGGAUGGACUUGUACACACAAAUGACCAGGCCAGGACUCUACCCAAAGAAUGGGUUUGUAUUUAA